AUAUUCGGAACGGAAUUUAUCUGAUUAGGGAUCUUCGCCAUUUCGUAGAUUGAAGAAGUAAAUCAGUGGCCGAUCGAAUCGCAAUUUCAUCUUUGUAACGCUUGUCCGUUUCAAUUUUCGAUCGGAUUCGCUUUUCUCUAGGUUCCUAAGUUUGAUUCUCCUUUUUCACCGAUUUGUUUUGCGGCAAAUCUACUGGAUUUUGGCGUUGGAAAUGGAGACGGUUCCUCCCACCACUUGCGGUUCUCUCCUCCGCGAGUUGCAGAUUAUAUGGGAUGAAAUUGGGGAAAAUGAUAGUGAAAGAGAUAAAAUGCUUCUACAACUUGAGCAAGAAUGCCUCGAUAUUUACCGUAGGAAGGUUGAGAGAACGAGAAAGUACAAGGCGGAUUUGCUCCAACAGUUAGCAGAAGCAGAAACUGAGAUUGCUGGCAUUGCAUCUGCCCUCGGUGAAGGCUUCUCCUCCUUUUCACGAGGAAGGGGCACUCUGAAGGAGCAAGUUGGUGCUAUAAAACUUAUUCUGGAAGAAUUGAGAUCAAAGAAACGCGAAAAAUUAAAGGAAUUUUCAGAAGUUCAAUCACAGAUUGUCUCCUUAUGCUCAGAAAUAGCAGGAAAUGGUCAGUCUAAAAGUUACGUUGAUCCGGAAAUUAAUGAGCGUGAUUUAACAGCAAAGAAGCUGGGAGAACUUAAAUUGCACCUCCAAGAACUUCAAACUGAAAAGCAUUUACGUCUACAAAGGGUGAACAGCAAUAUCAGUCUCAUCCACGAGCUAUCGGUGGUGAUGUCAGUUGAUUUCCUGAAGACUGUAAAUGAAGUUCACCCAAGCUUGGGUGACCCUAAAAGUGGCCCCUCGAGGUGUAUCAGUAAUGAUACUCUUGCAAAAUUGACCGGUGUAAUUCAUUCUCUAAAACAGAGCAAACAAGAAAGGCUACAGAAGCUUAAAGAUCUUGGCAAAAAGUUGACGGAUCUAUGGAAUCUCAUGGACGCCCCUGCUGAUGAGCGAAAAAGAUUUGACCAUGUUACUCGUUUAAUGUCAUCUUCUGUUGACGAGGUGUCUGGGAAAGGAUGUCUUGCUUUAGACAUCAUUGAACAGGUUGAAGUUGAAGUUGAGCGAUUAAAUAUUUUGAAAACUAGCAAGAUGAGGGAGCUGAUUUUUAAGAGGCAAGCAGAACUUGAAGAAAUAUAUAGAGGGGUCCAUAUGGAUAUAGAUGGCGAUGCUGCUCGAAAGACUCUUACUAGUCUAAUUGAUUCAGGCACUGUCAAUCUUUCUGAUCUACUUUCUAGCAUGGACGAUCAGGUCACUGAAGCUAAAGAGCAGGCUUUAAGUAGGAAGGAUAUCUUGGACAAGGUAGAGAAAUGGCAAUUUGCAUUGCAGGAGGAAAAGUGGCUCGAUGACUAUGAAAGGGAUGACAAACGCUAUAACGCGGGAAGAGGAGCUCACAAGAAUUUGAAACGAGCCGAGAAAGGAAGAGUGCUGGUCACCAAAUUACCUUCGAUGGUUGAAAAUCUGGCUGCCAAAGUUAAAGCAUGGGAAUCAGAAAGGGGAAUUACUUUCUCGUAUGAGAAGCUUCCCCUUCUAUAUACCUUGGAGGAGGACGCAAAGUUGCGGCUGGAGAGAGAAGAGGAUAAGCGAAAAUCACGGGAGCAAAAACGGCUGCAAGAGCAACUUGCAUCAGAACAAGAGGCACUGUAUGGAUCAAAGCCGAUAGCUAAGAAACCAUUGGGUCAGAGCAACACAUUGUUGGGGACUCCCGGGCGGCGGAACGGAACUCCUGGCCGGUAUGGGUUUUCCGGCAGCAAAGAUCGGAGAGAAAGUGUGAGAGGACCUAACAUAAUACCAGUCAACUAUGUUGCUCUUCCAAAAGAUGAUUCAGCUUCCAAAGGAGCAGCUUGAUGAGCAAGGCCAGGUUAUACAUUCUAAUUCUCAUUGUAUAUCAUUCCUUUGCUACUCAUCAUCAAAGUCAUCUCUUGUUUUACUUCUUUUUUCUUAUUUUGUUGCAUUUCUUAUUCUUAUUGCAUGCUGCAAGGUGGUAUUAAUCAUACUACAUUACAUGUCUGAUUCUCUUGUAAGUGACUGAUACCAACAAUUGUUACUAACCAUCGAUCUUAGAGUUGUU